GCAUGACCUCGACUGUCCUGAAACGCGGAUCUCCAUCAACCGCUAAACUACUGUGAAGUUGGAACGCGGAGCUACUGUCUAACAAACUAAACUAACAAAGACCGAUCAGCAAGUUGUCUCUGGAGAUGGAAGCGCCCUCCCAUCACAUCAGGUUUGAAGAGUACAAAAAAACAGCAGAGUGGUUGUUGAACCGAACAAAGAUACGCCCAAUAGUGGCCAUCAUCUGUGGAUCAGGUUUGGGUGGUCUGGCUGACAGGCUGGAAGACAGUGUAACAAUCAAAUAUGAAGACAUCCCUCAAUUUCCCACUAGCACUGUCCAAGGUCAUGCUGGUAAGCUGGUCUUUGGAAGACUCGUAGGACACGAUUGUGUGUGCAUGCAGGGGAGAUUUCACUUCUAUGAAGGCUACAGUAUACACACGGUGUCGUAUCCUGUGCGUGUCUUCUCUCUGUUGGGAGUGAAAACUCUGAUUGUGACAAAUGCAGCAGGAGGACUCAACGACAGCUUCAGUGUUGGAGAUAUUAUGAUCAUUAAGGAUCACAUUAACAUGCCAGGCUUUGCAGGACAAAACCCUUUGUGUGGACCAAAUGAAGAAAGGUUUGGAGUGCGUUUCCCCUGCAUGUCCGAUGCUUAUGAUCGUGAACUGAGGCUUAAACUGAGGUCUACAGCUGAAGCCAUGGGGGUAGCCCACUUCCUUCAAGAAGGUGUUUACUGCAUGUUGGCUGGGCCCUCAUACGAGACCAUUGCAGAGUGCAAACUUCUGCAGACUCUGGGGGCUGAUGCUGUCGGCAUGAGCACAGUCCCAGAGGUGCUGGUGGCUCGUCAUUGUGGUUUGCGUGUCCUGGGAGUGUCUCUUAUAACAAACAAGGUGAUAACAGACUACAACAGUGAAGAAAAAGCUAAUCAUGAGGAAGUCCUGAAAACCACACAGGAACGAACCAAGCUCCUUCAAGAUCUUGUCUGUGGAGUCCUCAAGAUGUAAUGUCAUAAGCAUGAAAAGUCCACAUAAACAAGAGUGCAGUUAUGUGGAAAUCCUAGCUGCAUAGAACAGGGUAUUGAAGGUUUGGGUGUUUUUAAGAUUAACAUUAUUUUGGGGGAAAAGAGGUAAAAAAUGGUACAGUUUUUGGAAACAUUAAACGCUAGAAGCUUAAAUUAUUCUUACAUUUAUAUGAAAGUGUAAUAUAUUGUACUUUUAAAACAUAAAAUAUAACUAGUUUAUAGGAAUAGGAAAGACAUAUUAAUGUAUUAUUUUUAUUACUGAUAUUUGCCUUUAUUUUAUUGUAUGCUUAAAAGUAUAUGUAUAUCAAAUGUAACUAUAAAUGUGUACAAAAGGUAAAAUUUACAACUCAACAGGAUUAAACUAUAUGGGCAACCAUGAGCCCUGUGGCCAUCGUGUAGUCACAUUAGUAUUCAAAAAAACAGUGUAGAAGAGCUGCCUUAAGUCAAAUGUGUGAUAUUGCAUAUUGAGGUUGUACUAGGGAUUGACUAGGACAGAUGUAUGAACAAAGCUGCACACACACACACUGAGAGACCACUGUGCUGUAUGUGACAGGAAUUAUUAUUAUACGUACAGUACAUGGGCCUUCCCGCUUCUCUGUGCUGAUCUGGGCCCCCUGCCAAGGCCCUUUGAGUGUCUUAUUCAUUAGCACUGCAAAGGAAAUCAAACCCUAGAUCAGUAGUCUACUUCCUAAAACAUGUGAAAAAUGGUGCUUGUAUUCAACUGGUUGCACCCUCUUUUGUACAUUUUACACAAAAGGUUUAGUUGUUGUCCCACAUUGGUAGGGUAGGUCAGGGUGUACCAAACUGAAAGAAAUAGCAUAUAUUUUUUGACUGGUUGAAAUCUAAACCGGCAGUGAUUAGACUAUUACUUUUCCUUGCUGAAGCAGUCUCUAUCCAUCUUUAUAAAGUAUUGAAAAAGCAUGUCAUCUUGGGCUUCCUAGGUGAUUUUGUUUAGCAUAAAAUAUUUUACUUGUUUGCCAGUAAGAUUAAUAAUAAGGGAGUCAUCAUUUUACAUUUUCCUACUGACAAAGCUACUACAAACUGAACAACGAAUCUUUGGAAAAUAUAUACCCCUCUUAUGUUUUUCAUAGCUCUAUGAAGUUGUACUGUUUAGCUGCUACAGUGAAUAAGUUAUAUGCUCUAUGUAAUCUAGCUGUGUAUGAAUCAUCAAAUGCUGCUACCAAUAAAAAUCAUCUUGAUGAAA